AUUAACGCCAAGAUGAGCAAGCUGAAGGUUCUAUAUAUGAUUACUCUUGGUUCAACAUUGUGGACUCUCGUCGGAAUGAAUUACACAUGCGUUAGAAAUAAACCGUUUUUAGUGAGUUAACCAGGUCAUUUUGCUAUGUGGAUAAAAUGAGUAAAUCACUCGUCCAGUGCGAUGGUGGCCGUCCACAAGUAGAAGGUGAAGCUCAUGAUUUGAUUUACGCCUGCUGGCUCACUUGUGAUCAACGAAUCCUAUUAGUUCCCGGCGUACUGAUGGUUUUUUGUACGGAAACCAUGCUCAUUGCGCGAAUCUACGUCUUGUGGGGCCUAAAAAAGAAGAUACUAGCCAUUAUGUUGACGACUUUCUUUGCUACUGUUUUAACCUCGUUGUUACUACUCUCUUCAAGGUGGUCAGUCGUGAACAAUUCCGGGCAUUUCUUGGGCACCAGCAAACUCCUGCCGAUUAUUUACAUUCCAUUCGUUGUAUUAGAAUUGGAGUUCGUAUUGUUGACAGCAAUCAGUGCCUUCUUGAAGUACCGCCAAACCAAAAGCCGGCUUGCCCGUACGAUGAUUCAGCACAAUUUCUUU